UGCUUUUAUUGUGAAUCUUAACCGGAAUUACUAUUUAUUCGCGGCCAGUGGUCAAACCAAAGCAAUAAAGUUCGUAUUUUUGUUAUCUGAGUUCUGCAUGCCGGCCGGAACAAUGCAAAUAUGCAGCGUAUGUAGCGAACAGACUCCAAAAUACAGAUGUCCGAGCUGCAAAAUACGAUAUUGUUCACUCGGCUGUUACAAGAAGCACAAAGACACCUGCCUUCCUAUUGAGAAGCCUGCUUCACCAAACCCUGAAUCUGAAGAUGCUGCUGGAUCUGAGGGCGUGCAAUGCCUCUUCUCUCGUCUUCUCUGCGGUCAGAUAGAGCCCAGCCCUGCCGACAGGCCGGCUAACCAUCCAGCUGAGCCUUGGAGUGUGGAUGAUCUUCUGCAUGAAGACGACAUCAUUGACAAAGUGCCACUGCAGAGGCUUCAGUUAUUGGGUCAGUCAGCAGAACUGAGAGAUCUUCUCUGCAACCCCCACUUGAGACGGUUACUGUGCUCCGUUGACGACGCAGAAAGCAAAGAAGCUGCGAUUAAGGCAGCUAUGCAAGAACCUUUGUUUGUUGAGUUUGCAGAUCAGUGUUUAAAAGUUGUUGAAAAUGAAGGCAGUGCAUAAACUUCCAAUGAUUGAUUUGUGGUUUUGGAUUUCUACUUCGUACAUGCCACGCAUGCUGCAGUUUGAUUUACAUCUUGUGCAACAAUAUGUAUUUAAUGUUCAAAUAAAGAUUUUUUGUAAACUAA